GCGACAGCAGAGGCACUCUGGGCAGCUGGGUGAAGGCCCAUUUGGGCAAGCCUCCCCCAGCUGCAGCCUUCUCCUGGGGCCCCCCAGGCAGGCCUCCCGUUUCACUUUCAGGUUUGUCAAAGUGCCUUCUCGCUCCUGUCUGCUUCCCUAUCCUGCCAGGUUUCCAUUUUCUUUCCUGAGCUGGUGGAAGUGGGGACCAGUGCCCAGUGGGCCCCUCGGAGAUGCUCAGUGCUUGGGAUCGCCGGGACCGGCCCCCUGAGGAGGGGACAGCCGCAGAGCUCCAGGGCUUCGCCGUGGACAAGACUUUCCUCUCCUCCCUCAAAGGCAUCCUUCUGGAAACUGAGCUGGCCCUGACCUUCAUCAUCUUCAUCUGCUUCACGGCCUCCAUCUCUGCCUAUAUGGCUGCGGCGCUGUUGGAGUUCUUCAUCACGCUCGCCUUCCUCUUCCUCUAUGCCACCCAGUAUUACCAGCGCUUCGAUCGGCUUAACUGGCCCUGUUUGGACUUCCUCCGCUGCAUCAGCGCCAUCAUCAUCUUCCUAGUGGUGUCCUUUGCCGCUGUGACCUCCCGGGAUGGAGCUGCCAUCGCUGCUUUUGUUUUUGGCAUCAUCCUGGUUUCUGUCUUUGCCUAUGAUGCCUUCAAGAUCUACCGGACUGAGAUGGUGCCCAGGGCUACCCAGGGGGACUAGCAGUGACUCUGGGGCUACCUGGCUCCCAGGCCCAGCCAGACAAAGGGGACAGUGGAGCCCAGACACAUCUCUGGAUUCACUAGCCUCCACCCCAGGCUUACAGAGAUGCCUGGCCUGAGAAGUCACUAGGGACUUCUCUGUGGAGCCUGGGAUCUGGGAUCUGGCUCCUGAUGCAGCUUUGGCCAGAUGAGGAGACUGAUGGAGUGGGGCAGGGGGAAGAGGCUGGGCCCCUAAGUUAAUCCCAAAUUAAAAGAUUCAAAUCCUA